AUGAAGGCGGAAAGCCUUGCAAACUCGCUGCAAAGGCUACCCGUUCCUAAGUCAUACAGAAAGGCUCGAGUGUCCCCAGAUUGGGAGACGAAGUGGAAACCAGCAUUUGACAAGCAGUACAAGUACCUCCAAGAUCGAAGUGUAUGGACACUAGAAGAAUUACCCCACGAUGCAAAACUACUUCCCGGAAAAUGGGUUCUCGACGAGAAGAAACUUCCGACAGGAGAACUGGUCGGCAGAGCCCGCUGGGAACACGACAGCUGGGCAGUCCAGGAUGUGUAUGCUGCCGUUGCAAGCACGACAUCAGUCAAAAUAUUCUUAAUAUGGACAGCAAUUCUCGACCUCGAAUGUUAUCAGUUCGACAUCGCUACAGCCUUUUUGAAUGCGGACAUACCUGAGGGCACGAAUAUCUAUGUUAUGCAGCCAGAAGGCUACGAGGACGGUACAAGUAGAGUUUGUCUUUUGAAGAAAGCUCUAUACGGCCUGCGAAAGAGCCCACUUUGGUGGUUUCUCACAAUCACGCCCAUUUUGAAGACCCUUGGAUUCGAGCCCCUUGACGCGGAUCUCUGUCUAUUCAAGGACGAAAAGCGAGGCUGCAUUCUGAUCCUCUAUGUGGACGAUAUGCUAGUCGCUGCACCAACAAAAGAGACAGUCUUCCACGUCAAGGAGCAGCUCCAAUCGUUCUUUGAGCUGAGCCUGGCCGUGAUGCCGAAGAAACUCGACUACGGACCCCCGACAAGGAAGUCAGUCCGUACGGCAUCGCAAGUGCCUGAUCAAGGCCCCUCGACCCAAGACCAAGACCAAGACUCGACCCCGAUUCUCCAGCUGCAAGAGGAGACGUCGGCCUCAAUCGAAGACCCGCCAACGAUGGCCCAAGUGACGGCUCAGCUGGCCGCCCGUCAACCUGCAAUACUGGAUCGAAUAGAAAGCCGUGAAACCAAGAAGCCGCCGCCACGACUGACUACCUUGAUACGCAUAUCAAGGCCUUAG